CAUAUAAGUGUGGUCCUGCGGAGACGAGCGUCAUACCCGCUCAGAACUCAACUGUGAUACAUCAUACUACACCACACGACGACAGUGCACAAACAUGAAUAAGUUGACGUAUCUUUGCUUCCUCGCUGUCAUUUUGGGCGCGAACUCUGCGUCUGCUCCCUUCAUCACGCCAUGCAAGGCCGGAGACAACGCGUGCUAUGUAGCCUCAGCUCAGGCAGCUGUUCCCUUCAUAGCUGUGGGCAUCCCUGAACUAGGGAUCAAGUCUCUAGACCCCAUGGAGUUUGACGUCAUCAAGGGGGACCAAGGAGGACUCUCUCUGACGUUUAAGGACACCGCUGUGACUGGCAUGAAGGGAUGCAAUGUUGAUGGUGUUAAACACGACCUGAACAAAGGCAAGCAGUCAGUGACAAUCAGGUGCACCGUGGAGCUGAACGGUAACUACAAGCUCGACGGACAACUGCUCGUGCUGCCCAUCAAGGGAGAGGGCAAAUACAAGAUUAAUAUCCGUGACAUAGUGAUCAAAGCCAGCACAGCCCUGAGCACAGUGGACGGAGACGACGGCAAGAAGCACUGGAACAUUGACAACUGGCACUUCACCCACCAGACCAAGACUGGAGCCACCUUCAAAUUCGAGAACCUCUUCAAUGGCAACAAAGUACUGGCUGGCCCAGUAGAAGACUUCGUGAACACAAACUGGCGUGAGGUGAUGCACGAGAUCGCGCCCCCAAUAGUCCACGCCAUCGUGGCCCGUGUGGUGGAAGCUGUCUCCGCAUUGUACAAGGCUGUCCCCGCUGAAGAACUGUUUAUCGCUUAAAUGGUUACCAAAGUUGUGCAGAAUCGAUCAAAUCUGUAGGGUAGGAAACAAAGUGAGAAUAAAAUAGUAUUUAAGUUUA